ACAUUUUUUACGACGUGAAGCCGAGCCCUUGCGCUGCUGAGAGCCAGCCCUGCAACUGCCGGCGCCCUCAGGACGCCGCGGCGCUGGGUUGUGGCGACGACUGCAUCAACCGCAUGAUGUUCAUUGAGUGCAGCCCUCAAACCUGCCCCAUUGGUGACCGUUGCUCAAACCAACGUAUCCAGAGGCACCAGAGCCUUAGCUGCCUCAUGCGCUUCAUGACUCCCAACAAAGGCUGGGGCAUUAAAGUCACGCAGCCCAUCAAGACAGGGACUUUCAUUCUUGAGUAUGUGGGGGAAGUGGUGAGCGAGAAGGAGUUCAAACUUAGGAUGCAGACAACCUACGCCAACGACACCCAUCAUUACUGUCUUAAUCUUGACCGCGGUCUUGUGAUAGAUGGCCACCGUAUGGGCGGCGAUUGCCGUUUCGUUAAUCAUUCGUGUGAACCUAAUUGUGAGAUGCAGAAGUGGGGAGUGAACGGCCAGUACAGGAUGGCUCUGUAUGCCCUGCAAGACAUUCCCAGUAGCACGGAGCUUACUUAUGACUAUAACUUCUCUCUUUUCAACCCGGCUGAGGGACAGGAGUGCAAGUGUGGUUCAGAGAAUUGUCGUGGUGUCAUAGGAGGCAGAUCUCAACGAGUUAACGGCCAGCUGGUGGACAGCAAACGCAAGGCAUUGGCUCUCAGCAAGAAGGAUCUUGCGCUUAGAAAACGCAAACGCACCGCCACUUCUUGUGGUACCUUGGAAGCUGACACUAGCUUUGGCCAAGGCCUGAAGAGCACCAUGGCUGCUUUCAAACCCUUAACUCCACAACAUAAAUCAUUUGUCCUCGAACACAGUUGCUUCCUCAUACGCAACCUUAAUAAGUUCAGAAGAACCAAGGAGAGACUUGCUAAAGGUCCCGAGAAAAAAUCCGAAGCAGAAUUUGACGGCGUUGUGGCCGAAGAGGCAGUUGGUAAUCCUGCCACUAACACUUCUGCGUCCCAUAGCGAUCUUGGAGUAGCAGCUGCUGAACUCCCGCUCGAUCCCGACGAUGAGACCAACAGCCGCGUUGAAAAAUUCCUCACUCACUUCACUGCUUUAAACACCGCCCGUUCUGUCAAAACUCGACGACUUGCUCAAGCUGAGGAUGAUCCAGAGAUGACGAGACUCGCCAAACUUGCACAAAUCUUCAAGGAUAUUUACGAUAAGUUAGUAGCUUCCAGAGACCCGGUGGAGGACAAGCCUCUUGCGUCUCCAUUCAUGAGUUUGCCUUCCAAAAAGAAGCAUCCUAACUACUAUGUGAGGGUCGGCGAGCCCAUUGAUCUCACUAUGAUCGAGAAAAACAUACUGACUGGGACGUACAAAACAGCCGAGUCUUUCGACAGUGACGUGAUGCGACUGUUUCAUAACAGUUUACGGUACUUCGGACGCAACACACCCACGGGACGUCUUGCUGUGGGACUGCGGCGUGUUUACAGCGAGUGCAAGCUUCAGUUUAAGCCGCUGCUUGAGGAGGUGCUGGGGCCAGACGGUCUGCCUGCGCCCUUUGCAGUCUCCCCAUCGAGCGAAGCCUGCGAGUCGGACGAUGAAGACAUCAUUCGUUGCGUGUGCAACAUGCCGCGCGACGAAGGUCUCAUGAUCCAGUGCGAGCGCUGCCUCGUGUGGCAACAUUGCGACUGCAUGGGCGUGAGAGGAGCACACGGGUCGUCCCCUUCAAAGUCUCCUAAAGUCAAGCUGGAAUCUCUGGGAGAUCAUGACGCCGCUGAGGCUUCUCAUCUGCCUUCAGGAGGAAGCGACCAGUACCUUUGCGAAGAAUGCUCACCUCGGCGGGUGUCGCCUGAGGUGCCCAUGACUCCCCAGCCACCCGACGCUCCCUCCACUGACAAAUACUUCAUCAGUCUCCUCAGAGAUGGACUUCAGGUCAAACAAGGCGAUAGCGUGUACAUCCUGCGGGACCGUCCCCCCCACCGCCCUGGCGAGCGCCACCAGCCCGCCUACCGCAGCGCCAAAGACACCAAG